AUGAGCGUGCUGGGCCUCAACCACAUGCACUGCGGGGUCGCUCGGGAGACGCUCCGACUCGGGGCGGCGCCGACGCUGGCGCAGGAGACGGCCAUGGAGCACGUCCGCUCGCGGGCGACGGAGUUUGCCCAGCAGCCCUGCGAGACCGUGGCCGACGCGGUCGCGACCUCACCAGUGGACUACAGCGGGGGUCCCAUGAUGCGCGCGCCCCCCUGCGUCCUCGCGGAGCUGGCCCCAGGCCUGCCGAAGAGGGAGCACGCGGCGACCCUGAGCGCCGUCGACUUCGUUGACGACGAGGUGGCGCGCUGGCUGGCCGACCCCGCGCUGGCGCUCAAGGCAGAGGCGGACUUCCUUGACCCUCCCCCGAAGGCGCGGGCCAACGUCGGCUCGCAGUUCGAGUGGGGGGCCCUGGCGAUGCACCUCGUGGAGCUCGGGAUCUUCACCGUGCUUCCCGCCGAGAAGCUGGCCCACGUCCGCGGCGAGCCUCUGCUGAAUGGGCUCUUCGCCGUAGAGAAGAAGGGCGCGCGCGGGCCCGGGGCCAGCCGCUUCGCGAGGCUCUUCCUGAACAUUGUGCCUGGCAACGCGCUCAUCGAGCCUCUCGUGGGGGAGGCGGUCAUGCUUGCUGGAUCCACGAGCUGGAUGUCGCUGCACAUCCCCGAGGGGAAGCUGCCCCUGUGGUCGGGCGACGACCAGAAGGGUGCCUUCUUCGCGUGGCGGGUGCCCCGUGCAUGGCACCGCCACAUGGCGGUGGGGCGGCCCCCGGCGGGCUCGAUCUUCGGAAGGCAGGAGCCCGGGGUGUACCUCGCGUCGGCGGUGGUCGCGAUGGGCUGGUCUUUGGCGGCCCCCGUGCACCAGCACAUCCACAGGCGGCUGCGCCGCCUGCCACCGCUGCUGGGCGCGGGGCUGCCCCCGCAGGCGGAGUGGCGCAAGGAUGCGUCACGGCCCGUCGCCGCCGCUUUGGAGGAAGGAGACUCAGCGUGGUGGCAGGUCUACGUCGACGACUUCGACGCACCCGAGAUCGUGGAGGAGGUGCGCGCCAGACGCUUGAUAGGCUCGCUGACGGAGAUGCAGGCUUCUUGCAGGCAACUUCGGGUCGAGCGCAUGUGGGCCGACGUCGAUGGCGAGUCGGGCCGACUGGCCGCCCCCCUGGCCAAGUCGCUCGAGACGAUCGCUCUGUGCCUAGCCUCCUCCAGGCUCGAGGCCGUGCCGUGGCGGCUCGCCAUGGCGAUCCUCGGGCGCUUCGCUAGGCUCGAGUUUCGGAGGCCCCUCGUCAGCGUGCUCAGCGAGGUCUGGAGGCUGAGCUCGCAGCGUGGCAACGUGAGGUUCUCGGCGGCGAUGCUCGAUGAGCUGCUGGCCGCCAUGCUCGUGACGCCGAUGGCCGCGACCUCGCCGCGGGCCGAGAUCGAGGGCACGGCGGAGGCCAGCCUCAGCAGCGCCUCGACGCUGGACGAGCAGAUGCACCUGGGGGCUCGCCCGCUGCAGCUGCCCGCAGAGCCCUCGGAGCCCUGGACGCCCAAUGUGCUCCUCGUUGGCCUGUUCGACGGGAUUGGGGGCUUGGCGGUGGCUUUCUCGCGCUCGCCUGUACGGGCCAUGAGCUACGUCGCGGCGGAAACGGGCGCCAAGGCGCGCAGGGUGGUGCGCCUGCGCUGGCCAGGCGCGAUCGACUGGGACGACGUGGCGCGGGUGGCGGCUGCUGUCGUGAACGAGCUGCGGAACGUCUGCGGGCAGGGGGGGCCCAUCUGCGAGCUGGCCUGGCAGCGCGAGGGAGCCCGCCGGCUGGGGCUGCAGCAGGACAACCUGCAGCUGGACAGCGCUGCAGGCUCCGCCCCUCGCCUCCCCUCCAGCUCGGAAAUGGAGAGGACGCUCGGCUUCGAUGUGAACUACGCGCCCGUAGCCGCGAAGGGCUCGAACGAGCGCGGCUGCAGCGGCGCGCGGGCCUUCCUCCUGGGCAGCAGCUUCAGCGCCUAUGUCGUCGCAUGGCUGGCGCAGGCGGUGCUGCUGGAGGCGAAGACGCUGGGCGGGCCGCUGGAGGUGCAGGAGCUGGUGUACGAGAACGAGGCGGGGGGCCCAGACGCCUUGGCCUCGCGACGGCUGGCGCUGCACUGCCUGGCCCGAGCGGAGAAGGGCUGGACCGACGUGCCUGGACUGUGGCCUGCCUUAAAGGCCACGCGGGCGGCCGCGGUCGAGCCUCGAUCCGCUGUCGCGGCGGUGGCGCGCGGCGCUGAGGUGGUCGCGGCGAUCGUGGCGAAGGGCAGGAGCAGCAGCCGCCGCCUCCAGCCCGCGUUGGCCAGGUGGGCCGCGGUCGCGGUGGCCGCCGACAUGUGCCCAGUCGUCGGCUACGUCGUGUCGGAGGACAACCCCGCCGACGGACCGUCGAGGAGGUUCUGGCGUGGCUCGCGGCUCAGGACCGCCGCGCCCAGGCCGCCCAAGCUGCACCUCUCGCGCCGCGGGGGCCCCCCGCCGCGCUCGCUGUUCCUGCUCCGCGUGGGCGUUGCGACGAGACGCCGGCAUUCCACUGCGGUCAGCCGCCUGCUGGAGCACCAUGGCGUCGCAGGGGGCGGCGUCGAGGCGCUGGGCCACGAGGGCGAGGGCGCCGACGCGCUCGUCUCGGGGUACCUGGGGGUCCUCUGGGCUUCGGGCGCAGGCAUCGCGGCGGCGAACAACGCGGUGGCUGGCGCGCGUUUCUUCAGCCCGCCUCUCAGACGCCGCUUGGACCUGAGCUGGGCGCUGCUGAAGACCCGGCGGAAGAGAGAGCCCGCGGAGCGCGUGCCCCCGUUCACGCCUGAGAUCGCGGGGGCCAUGGCUGGCCUAGCGCUGGAGGCAAGCUCCGUCGACGUGGCGUGCCACCUCAUGGUUGCCUUCGAGGGCCUGCUGCGCGGCGGCGAGACCUUCGCGCUGCGCAGUGGCGACGUGGCUUUCCGAGGCCAGCGCGCCGCCCUCCGCAUCGCCUCGUCUAAGGGCUCAGCGGGGCGCGACGCAGCGGAGGCGGUCGUCAUCAGGGCGCCGAUCACCCUCCAGCUGCCGCGGCUCGUCACGCGCGGUCUGGACGAGGGUGACAGGCUCAGCGCGCGGUCGCCGCGCCAGCUGCGGGCGGCCCUCGCAGCGCUUGUAGCAGGCCUCGGUUUCCAAUGCCCGUUCAGCCGGCACAGCUGCCGCCGCGGCGGCGCGCCAGAGUGUUUCUUGCGGACCAAGCGUAUGGAGCUCACCUUGGUCCGUGGGCGUUGGGCCAGCAGCCUCACGGCCCGUAUAUAUGUGGAGGGCGCGCUGGCUGACCUCGCGCGGGUCCAGCGCGGUGAUGCGCAGUCGACGCUCGUCCGACAGGGGCUUCGAUCACUGCGCAUCUUCUCCGAACUGCCCUAG